AUGGCAGGCGAAGCCUCCCCGGGAAGCGCAGCCGCUUCCUCUUUGGCUGCGCAGGCAGAGGCGGCUUAUCGCGAGCGGCAGCAAAUUGAAGAGCGAAUGGAGGCCCUCGCGAGUUUUCUGACGGCAGAAGGAAUGCCGGGGCUGAAGGGCCGGCUGGUGGACUCCGAGGGCUUUCCCAGGGCCGACAUCGACGUGCAUGCAGUGCUGCAGGCGCGGCAGCAGCUGGCUUGUCUGAAGACAGACCACAGAGAGGUGCAGCAGCGGCUGGAGAAAACUCUUUUGCUGCUGCAUGCAGCAAAUGCCAAAGAGGGGCCCCCCGGCCCCGCUGCUGUAGCGCAGCGCAGCGGCGAGGCCCCCCCGCUGCAGCAAGAGGGGCCCCCGCAGCAGCAGGAGGCCCCCCCGCAGCUGCUGCAAGAAGAGGGGCCCCCGUUCGCGCUGGUGGACCUGGUGCAGCCAGGGAGCCCCAGCAGCAGCGCGGGAGUUGCUGCUGGGGACUUGGUGCUGCGUCUGGGGUCUCUGCGGCUGCAGUCUUCGCGGAGGGGCCCCCUGGGGGCCCCCGGGGGGCCCCCCGGGGGGCCCCCCGGGGGGCCCCCCGGAGCGGUUUCGGGGCAAACGCAUGCAGCAGAAAAGCCCAAAAGUGUUGCAGAACUCUUCCAAUUGCUGCCAAAUGAAGUGGCGAGCCACGAAGACCAACGCGUGGCCGUUGUGGUGCAGCGGGGCAGCCGCGUGGUGCCGCUGUGGCUGGUGCCGCGGCGGUGGAGCGGCCGCGGGCUGCUGGGCUGCCACCUCAAGCCCGUUCAACAAGACUAA